ACGGACUCGCCAAUUACACAGACUCGUUUACCUCCAGCCUGCAGAUGGUGCUGUUUCCGUGGGUGUAUAUAUGUGUUACAUACCACGUGACUUACUCUAUCUCCCUCUGGUGUCGCAAGACAGCACGACACUUCCCUGUCGCUCUGAUACUGACAGCACCAUGCAGGAGAAAUGCAGCCCAGAAGAUCAGCAGCAGCAGCAGCAAUGCUCCGAGUGUGGAAGCAGGUUACCUCUCCCCCAAUCAGACCAAACCAAGCAGAUGGACAAUCUUGACGGUGCAUUUGGGUGUCCGUCGUGCCGGGAAGGUGGCAGCCCCCCUGAUGAAGGACAUUCUCAAGGCAACGUCCGCAUGGACCCUCACAGCUGCUCACUGUGUGGCAAAACCUUCAUCUCUUCUGCCCACUUGACCCUCCACCUGGCCUCCCACAACAAGGAGCGGAGGUUCCAGUGCGCCACCUGCGGCAAGUACUUUCACCAAAACUCCCACCUGAUAGCCCACGAGGCCAUCCACAACGGCAAUAAGCCUUUUAAAUGCCCCGACUGUGGCAAGAAAUUCGGGCGGGCCGCGCAUCUCAAGACUCACCAGCGAAUCCACACCGGCGAGAAACCCUUCAAGUGUUCCUACUGUGACAAAGCCUUCACGCAGAAGUCAGGCCUGCUCUCGCACAUCCGCAUGCACACGGCUGAGCGGGCACACAAGUGUGAUGAGCGCGGCGAGACUUUCAGGUCUCUGCCGCUGCUGCUUUCUCACAAGGCCGAAGAAUCGGCUCAGCGGGGGAAAGCGGCACCUGUGUUCGCUCCCCCGCCUCAGCCCGACUCCCGUGGAGUGGACCUUAAGUGUGGCGUCUGCUGCCGCACCUUCAUAAGGUCGUCUUACAUCAGACUGCACGUCCGCCUCAAAAAGGGGCUGCGGCCUUAUCACUGCAAAGUGUGCAACAAGACCUUUGCCAAGAUGGAUACGUUUAUCAAUCACUGCGAUAAACAUUUGAGGCAGAAAGGGGAAAAAAGUGACGAUGACAGUGUGGUGAAACCUCCAUUGUUCAUCCCGCUCUCAAAGCCGCCGCGACACCCGGAAGCCGCUCAGGCGGCAUCCACCGAGAUCACCAUGGGCUCUGAGGUCAAAACUGAUUUUUGAUCAGGAGGUCACUGUAUGUGCAUCUCUAGAAAUUGGAAUAUUGUGGAAAGCUUCAUUUAUUUCUGUAGUUCAAUUCACAAAGUGAACAAUUUGCAGUUUUCUUUUUUUUUUAAUUGACUACAGAAAUAAAUGACUUUUUUUCUAUGAUAUUUGGGUUAAUUGAGAUGCAAAUGUUGACAACCAUUCCAAAUGCUCAUUGACACUUAUGGACAAUUUCCUCUUACAUGUUUGUGGGAUGCUGGGAGGAAUACCUGAGGAAAACCCACACAAGCAGAAGAAGAACAUGAAAACUCCACUCGGGAAGGCCUGAGUCAAGACUCGAACCUUGACCAUUAGAAGAGUAAGGGAGACAUGCUAAUUGCUAGCAACCCCCAAGAUGCAUGUUGAAUUAAUAUUGAACUGAAUUGUUCCACUUAGAAAUAAAUUAUUGAGAUUGAUUGGACUGAACGGAUUGUGUUCACCUUUUCAGGCUAGGCUAUUCCAUUCGCAGGCGUUUGAAAGACUCUUCAGAUGUGUUUAAAAAUGGACUUUGAAGAUUUUGUCAUUCAUGCUUGUGGUAAAAUCCAGAUUGUCAAUGAAAAAGUCCAGGAUACUCUGUGUUGGGAAACUCUUCCACUUAAUAAAUGCUGAUUCUAAAGCCCCAGAAACUCAGCAGGCAAGCAUUGUGCCAGAUGCUGAGAAGCUCUCAGCGCCACAUAGGGAAGCUCUUCGUACCGGCCUGCAGGUCAUAAAAAGGGAAGCACAUCAUCGUAUUAGCGUAUAGCUCCACUGUCAUAUUGUAACGAUCCUACAAUGUAGAAGACAAAUUUACCUGGCAGGUGGCCGCCUCCUGCGCGAGGCAGCUGAUGUCCCAGUGGAGGGUGACAGUCAAGUGGCGCCUCCACACGGGGUUUCUUCGGAGAGUAAUGGUUCCGCUAAUGCGGCUCGCGGCAUCCACGCUGAUGGGCUCGUCCAGCAUGAACAGAGUCUGCUUCCAAUGCGUCGGCCUGGAGCCAAGACGUAAUUGAAGAAGUAAGGUCACUUAAAAGUCACUUAUCAGUGUUCGCUUUUGCUGGAAGUAUCGUUUGUUAACGGGUAAGAUAAAACACAUAUUGCGCUUUGUUUAACAUGACUGCUUGGUAAAAUUAGAUUGUGCAAUGUAAUUGAUAUUUUAAAAAAUUAAAGUAUUGCUUAAACUGA